GCCCUUUUACGACACUGCCGCGGCCGCCGCUGCGUGCGCGCCCUGUGCCCCCACCUCCACACUCCGCCCCGGCCGCCAUUGCCUCGUGCCCGCGCUAGUCGGUUGGUGGCGCCUUUGUCCUACGGCGGGCAGGUGGGCCGAGGCCGAGGUGGCAGCGGCUGGCCUGAGGCGCAGGAGCGGCGGGGAGGCGGCCGCGCUGGUAGCGAUAUUAAUAAGGCAGCGGAAAGAAGAAAUAUGAAUACGGCUCCAUCCAGACCCAGCCCAACACGAAGGGAUCCCUAUAGCUUUGGAGAUAGUAGAGAUACAAGGCGUGAUCGCUCUCCAAUUCGAGGAAGUCCAAGGAGAGACCCCAGGGAUGGCAGAAAUGGCCGGGAUGCCCGGGAUAGCAGAGACAUUCGAGACCCUCGGGAGUUGCGGGACCGCAGAGACAGCAGGGAUAUUCGGGAUCACAGAGACAGAAGUGUACGUGAAGCCCGGGACCUGAGGGAUUUUCGGGACUUUCGUGAUCUAAGAGACUCUAGAGAUUUUCGAGAUCAUCGAGACCCCGUGUAUGACAGAUACAGAGAUAUAAGAGACUCCAGAGACCCUUUGUACAGGAGAGAAGGCUCUUACGACCGGUAUCUGAGGGUGGAUGACUAUUGCCGGAGAAAGGAUGACUCUUACUUUGACCGGUACAGAGACAGCUUUGAUGGACGAGGCCCUCCUGGCCCAGAGAGUCAGUCUCGUGCAAAAGAGCGUUUGAAACGGGAGGAACGACGUAGAGAGGAGCUUUAUCGUCGGUAUUUUGAGGAGAUCCAGCGGCGCUUUGACGCUGAAAGGCCUGUGGAUUGCUCUGUUAUUGUGGUCAACAAACAGACUAAAGAUUAUGCUGAGUCUGUGGGGAGGAAGGUACGAGACCUGGGCAUGGUUGUGGACCUGAUCUUCCUCAACACAGAGGUGUCCCUCUCCCAAGCGCUGGAGGACGUCAGCAGGGGAGGGUCUCCCUUUGCCAUUGUCAUCACCCAGCAGCACCAGAUUCACCGCUCCUGCACAGUCAACAUCAUGUUUGGAACUCCACAAGAGCAUCGCAACAUGCCCCAGGCAGAUGCCAUGGUGCUGGUGGCCAGAAAUUACGAGCGCUACAAGAAUGAGUGUCGAGAAAAGGAACGUGAGGAGAUUGCCCGACAGGCAGCCAAGAUGGCUAAUGACGCCAUCCUCCAGGAAAGAGAUCGUGGAGGCCCUGAAGAGGGAAGUCGUGGGGGCCACCCUCCAGCUAUCCAGAGCCUCAUCAACCUCCUGGCAGACAACAGAUACCUCACGGCUGAGGAGACGGACAAGAUCAUCAACUAUCUGCGCGAGCGGAAGGAGCGGCUCCUGAGGAGCAGCGCCGACUCUCUGCCUGGCCCGAUUUCCCGCCAGCCACUCGGGGCGGCCUCGGGUUCCUCGCUGAAGACACAACCAAGUUCCCAACCGCUUCAGAGUGGCCAAGUGCUCCCCUCUGCUACACCCACUCCAGCCGCACCCCCCACCUCCCAGCAAGAGCUUCAGGCCAAAAUCCUCAGCCUCUUCAAUAGUGGUGCAGUUGCGGCCAACAGCAGCUCUGCAUCCCCCUCAGUGGCCACCGGAAGCUCCCAGAACCAGAAUUUUUCCACAGCAGCAAACAGCCAGCCUCAGCAAAGACCACAGGCCUCAGGGAGUCAGCCUCCAAAUAUUGUGGGACAGGCAGGGUCUGCUCGCAACAUGGGCCCUAGGCCUGGGGCUCCUUCCCAAGGGCUCUUUGGUCAGCCUUCCAGUCGCCUGGCACCUGCCAGCAACAUGGCUAGCCAGAGGCCUGUAUCUUCCACAGGUAUUAACUUUGACAAUCCAAGUGUACAGAAGGCUCUGGAUACCCUGAUUCAGAGUGGCCCUGCCCUUUCCCACCUGGUUAGCCAAACUGCAGCACAGGUGGGGCGGCCCCAGGCCCCCAUGGGAUCUUACCAGAGGCAUUACUGAGGCUAUACACUGGUCCACUGUUCCUAGUCCCCCUUUCCCUGGCCCCUCCCACUUCAUCCUAAGUAGAGUUGUUUGGAAGUGUUCAUCGCACUUUCCAGGUCAACAUCAAAUAUCCUAAGUUUCUCUCACCACUCUUUCCUGCGGCUGUUGCUUAUCACUUAACAGAAUCAGAACUUAGACUGCAUUCAGGGCUGGAUCUUUUGUUUGGAUAGAAGAUAAGUAUUCUGGGAUCUGGGCUCAGCCUCUGUCUGGGAUUGCUCUGGCACCUGCCUGGCAGAUUUGGAGGAAAAAAGGAAGAAGCCAAGCUCAGCUGCUCCAGUUGGGAACACCAUUUCUGGAGUCAGUGGUCACAGCCUUAGUUUUCACCUCCACAUCAGCCAGAGUUGGGUCCUGCCUGGCUCACAGUGAAGCCAGGUGGUCUUGGCAGACAGUGUCAUCAUUGUUCCAUCAGAGAAUGGGACACCAAGGACUCGAGUGAUUUCUCUGGACUGUCAAAAGUACCACGUGGCAGCCAGAGAAGAGGGGACUCUUGUGCCUGUGUCAGAGUGGUCCCCUGAAGUAGGUUUCGUUUCAUAGUUUUCCAUUUUCUUGGAGGGUCUCCAGACAACUGAGCAGCUCUCUCAGCACUUUGACAUGAACUGUGACUCUGGGACCCACUGCUCUCCACAGCAUUAGCUGCACCUUUCAGCUGCACCUCUUGCAGUCGGCACUGGGGCAGCUCCAGGCCCUGGAGCUGGACACCCGUGUUUCAGUGAUUUCUUUUGAGCCCCAGGCUUUUCUUUUCAUCUAGACUCUUGUGGUGUUUUCUGAUGAGCAGGAGACGGGGACCAUUUGAUGUUAGACUGUGGUAGUUGGAUAUGUCUUCAUACAGAAUCGCGUUCGUAACUUUUGAGACAGGGUGAUAUUAGAGAAGGGUUCUGGCUGCUACCCUGAAUGGAGCCAAAGGAGGCAGCAAAGGGUUUUCCCUUGGGAAAGACUGCUCAUUAGAUGAAGUGAAGGUCCAGUCUGGGGGAGGGUCAGGCCUGGCUGGGCAGCAAGAGUACUAACUCCAGUUGAGUCCCUGCCAGAGGCCGAGCAAACCAGUUUCAGAAGCCAAGCCCCAAAUGGCAGCAGUUUAUGUUCUGAUCUGUUUGUGUUAUAUGGUGGGCUCCCCCCCCCCUUGGAACUCUUGUGUUGUUGAUAAAAUGAAACAAUUACUUUUUAAUUAAAAUGAAAAAGCCAAA